AUGAAUUAUUUAAAAUGUCAUAAAUAUCAUAUUUUUAAAAAAAUUAAAAAUUCAACUGUUUGUGUUAUACCUAAAUGGUCAAAAUUAGCUGGAGAAGAUAGUGCACCAUAUGAAUUUCGUUUAUUAUUUUCUGAUUCUGAAUCAUUAGCAAAAUCACGUUCAAUUAUUGGAAAAGAAUUAAAUAUGGUAGGACAUUGUAUUUAUUAUUAA